GCAAAAUGGCGAUUAGGAGGUUUGUGAAGCGACGUGGCAGUCCGAUUGAGAUCUUCUCGGACAACGGUACGAAUUUCGUCGGUGCCAAUCGAGAUCUGGUGAAGGAGAUCAACGUUGCCUGUGCGGACACGUUCACUGGUGCAAGGACCCGUUGGACGUUUAACCCACCUUCAGCGCCACAUAUGGGGGGCGCUUGGGAGAGAAUGGUACGCUCGGUGAAAGAGGCACUGCAUGUCUUCACGGAUGGUCGGAAGCUGACGGAUGAGAUCCUGCAGACUGCACUGAUCGAGGCUGAGAACCUGGUCAACUCACGUCCACUUACGUACGUGUCAACCAACGUGAAGGAAGACAAAGAAGCGCUAACACCAAAUCACUUCCUGCGUGGUCGAUCGUCGGCCGAAUGUCUACCGUCGAGGAUUCCGGUGGAUUUGGCUGAUACGUUGCGGAGCAGCUAUAGUCGAGCGCAGCAGUUAGCGGAUGGAUUUUGGGAUCGUUGGCAGCGGGAGUAUCUGCCGACCCUGAACAGACGGUCGAAGUGGUACUUGGACCAUCGAAAAGUGGCGAUAGGAGAUCUGGUGUUUGUGGCUGAUGGCGAAAAGCGGAAUACCUGGGAGCGAGGCCUGGUGACGCAAGUGUUCGUUGGCAGUGAUGGGAGAAUUCGCUCAGCGUCCGUGCAGACCAGCCGGGGUGAGAAGCUGCGACCAGUAUCGAAGUUAGCCGUUUUGGAGAUUGAGGUGGAAAAUAGUAAUCCCCGUACUGUUCCCGAGUGAAUCAGCGACAGGGUUUACGGGUGGGGGAAUGUUACCGUUGGUAAAAACGAGCACCCGGUUGCGAAAGGGUUGCGGUCGGUGAAAGUGAACACCCAGUUGCGAAUGGGCGAAUACCGUGAACGCCCCGUCCACUGACAGUUCUCGACGGCUGAUGAAGAUGACCAAAAUGAAUGGCACACAUACAUGCGCAUGCAGCUGAUCGCGCAGUGGGAUCAGCCAUCGCAAUUUGUUAUUGUUGACACUGAAGAUCGAAACGAGAUGGUGAAAUUCUCAUCUUUUAAUUUAGUGAAGUGAAUUUGUCUGUCCACUUGUAGUUAAUUAGCAAAAUAAGUGUGAAGUCAAUUUUAUUUCGUCAGCUGAUUGUUGGUCGAUAUUAGGUUUGCUCGUUCAUGAUAUUUUGUGCUACUUACCGUGAGUUUGUUUGUAUUUCGAUAGUCAGUAAAUGUAAUAAAUUAAUGUUUUCAACAUAGGUCCUCAAAACCGAGUAUAGGAGUGUUGGCAGUGAGACUGGUAGUAGUUAUAUUGAGGAAAACUUAAUGUAAGUUGUUUGUUAUUAAUGAU